GGACGGCAGUCCCCCCCACCCAAAAACCCCAAGACUUUCCUACGACUUCGUUUCUUUUUCCCCUCCAAACCCCCUCAUUCUCUCUCUCCGUUCCGAAAUCAACCCUAAAAUUCCAAGAAAAUGUGUGAAGAAGAAUUCGAUCUCUGAUCGAAACCCUCUUCCGAUUCCUAUCAUCUCUCCGAUUGUCCGACGGUGGAGACCCCCGAGUUUCAGAUGAACGCCGGCGCAUCGUCCUCCAAUCCGCCCCCGCCCUCUACUCCUGCCACCACCGCGACCCAGCUCGCGCCGGGGUUUCGGUUCCACCCCACCGACGACGAGCUCGUCAGCUACUACCUCAAGCGCAAGGUCGCCGGCAAAUCCCUCCGCGUCGAUGCCAUCGCGGAGAUCGAUCUCUACAAGUGCGAACCCUGGGACCUCCCGUCCCGGUCCCGGAUCGUUAGCCGGGACCUGGAGUGGUACUUCUUUAGCCGCGUCGAUCGCAAGUACUCCAACCGCUCCCGGAUGAAUCGCUCCACCGCCCAGGGCUACUGGAAGACCACCGGCAAGGAUCGCCCAGUCCGCCACAAUAACCGCAUCAUCGGCAACAAGAAGACCCUCGUCUACCACGCCGGCCGGGCACCCCGUGGCGAGAGGACCAACUGGGUGAUGCAUGAAUACCGGCUUGGGGACCAGGAACUCGCUGGCACUGGGAUCCUUCAGGAUGCAUAUGUUGUAUGCAGGAUUUUCAAGAAGAACGGCCCAGGGCCGCAAAACGGGGCUCAAUAUGGGGCGCCGUUUAACGAGGAAGAGUGGGAGGAGGAUGAUGGUAAUAUGAUCGUGCCGAGAGAGGAUGGUGAUGACGACUAUAAUGAUGCUAGGGAGCAGGAACAGGAGGACUUGCAUAUCAAUGAUUUUGUGCGGAACCAAUACAUGGACAAUCAACAAGCAAAUGCUGCUGGUUUUAUGGUGGGUCCUGAUGGGCAGGUUGGUGCCAGCCAUGAAGAAGAUCCAUCAGUUUUACUGGAGCAGAAUCAGCAGAUACUAAAAGACCCAAGUCUCAAUAGUGACAUUGUGGAAUGCAAUUAUGAACCUGAGCUGCAGAACAGCCCAGUGUUCAUUAAUGACAUGGGCGACAACACUGGCAUGGCUGAUAGGUCUCACACUCCUCCGGGCCAAAAUGAUGGAUAUGUGGAACUUAAUGAUCUUGCUGAUGCUGUAAAUGCAGAAGAUCAUCCUAGUGAAGACUCUGUAGUUUGCCCCUUAAGGACUUGUAAUGAUUGGAAAUCUGUGGAUGGAGGAGAUGAUGGUGUCAAUUUACAAGAAAUCCUUGAUGUGGAGGAAUUCUUUGACACCGUGAAUGAAAACACUGACCAGCAGGAACCAUUUCAGAUGUCCCCAACAAUUCAGGAUAAUUAUAAUCUGCAAUCAAUUGAUCUCACAAAUCCUGGAGCUGGUCAUUGUCCUCCUUCCUGUCAACUGGCUGAGGAAAACACAAUGUUUUAUGAUGCACAUGGUAAUGAUCUAGGAUUUAGUCAGGAUAAUUUUGCAGAAUUGAAUCAACUCCUGUACUCACCUGUCACUGAUCCAUCUGGGUUUGAUACGGUGGAUAAGUUAAUGGCGUACUUUGAUGCCACAGAGGAUAAUUUACAUGGUCAUACUGCUGGUUCUUUAGAGAAGUUAGGGUGUAUGGAUUCUUGUAUCUUGGACCAGCUCAACCUCACUCCGGAGUUUGAUGGCAUCAAUGCUCAACAAAACAAGGUUAUCCCACCGGCAUCAGAAGCAAAUGUUACCAGUCACGCAUCAUCCUCUGUUAGCUUGCCUGAUGCUAGUAAUCAGCUGUAUGGUAAAACUGCCGUCAAUAUCUUGCCAGAUGUCCAGAGGAAUGAGAGUAAUGAUAAUACUAUUACAAAACGUCUUGUGAACAUGUUGGGCUCAAUCUCUGCUCCCCCUGCUAUUGCUGCAGAAUAUCCUGCUGGGUCAGAGAAACGUGUUGGACGAAUCUCCGCAACCCACUCAACCAGUUCAAUACAUGUCACUACUGGGAUGAUCCAAAUACGUGGUAUAACUGUGACAGGCAGCACAGAACACUGGUCGUUGCCGAAGAACGGAGAUAUGAGCUUACUCCUUUCUUACAGCUUGGCUGGUGAUGAAGUUAGAAAAUCUAUGCGUUUUGAUUCAAUUUCAAAGUUGCAGGGUGGACCAGUGUCAAUGGUAUUACGUGGUGGCUGCUAUCUUUUCUUCCUCUCGGCAUUAAUUCUUACAAUAAGCUAUAAAUUGGGAUUGUGUAUUUAUAGCAGGUAAGUUGGUUUGUCUAUUCGAUACAUAUACAUACUCUUUUGACCAUGAGAGUAGAACUUUUAAAGCUCUCCAGGGAAAAAUGGGCCCUAAAAUGUUGGACCAUAUGGAUUGCAUAUUAUGAUAUUUAUUAGUGGCUUUUUUCAACUAAAGCAAAGGGUGCACAGACUGACAGAUA